UUUUUAAAAUUUAUCAUUCUCUCUCAAUCAAAAAGAUUCUCAGAGAGCCGUUUUCAGUUUUCUCCACUCCAUUUCUAGACGUCUCAAUUACUCUAUAUUCAACAUUCAAAACCCUAACAAAUAGCCAUUGACCACUCUCUCUCCCUCUGGGUCCUCUUGUGGUCUUCUCUUAUGUAUUUCUCUUUCUAAUUCCCUAACUUAUAUCGAUCUAAUCAAACGAUGUUCCUCCUCUCCUGUAAUCAAAUCCUCACAGUCCGAUCAAUCAUACCAUGAGCGACUCUCAAAGCCUCUCUUCCUCCGAUGACUCUUCAAUCAACGCCGCCGAACAGAAUAUGGGGCGAAGUCGAAGAAGUGCCGAUGCUAAUCACUCGCUAUCUUCAGAGUUGACUCCCGAGGCUUCGCGCCAUUGGCGGGAUGUGUUCUGGUUAGGGGUGUUUUUGUUGCAUUUGAUUGGGUUAGGUUUCAUUCUUGGGGUACUGGGGCUUAAUAGAUUUAAGAAGAAGGAUAGGCUUAACAUUGAUAAGUACACAAAUGGGUUCCUCGAGAAUCAAUCGGGUUUAACAGAGUAUUACUGGCCGUUAUAUGCUGUUGCCGCCGGAGUUGGGACAGUUCUUGGAGGGGUUUGGUUGUUGCUGCUUGGUUCGCGCGCGAAUCAGAUGAUGAAAGUGUCAGUGCAUAUCUUGACCACUUAUCUUGCCGUGGUUAGUGUUUUGUGUUUUUGGGCACAACAGUUCUUCUGGGGUGUUGCAUUUGCUAUUGGUGCGGGGUUGCAGUUCUUGUAUGUUAUAUCAGUCAUCGACAGACUUCCAUUUACCAUGCUGGUGCUGCAAAGAGCUGUGAAGAUGGUAUGGAACCUUCCUGACGUUAUGAGAGUAGCAUAUGCAUCCAUGUUAGUCAUGCUUUCAUGGCUAGUACUGUGGUCUUUUGGAUCAGCUGGUGUUGUGGCUUCAAGCAUGGGUGAUGGUGGACGCUGGUGGCUUCUUGUGGUGUUCUCGGUUAGUUUGUUUUGGACAGGUGCAGUGCUCUGUAACACCGUGCAUGUUAUAGUGUCUGGAAUGGUGUUUCUUGUUCUCAUCCACGGUGGUCGAGAAGCGGAAUCAAUGCCUCCCAAUCCACUUAUGAAAUCUCUACGAUAUGCCGUAACAACUUCUUUUGGCAGCAUCUGCUAUGGAUCACUUUUUACCGCUGCUAUCCGGACAUUGCGAUGGAAGAUUAGAGGAUUCAGAUCUAAGAUUGGUAACAAUGAGUGCUUGCUGUGCUGUGUCGAUUUUUUGUUUCAUCUGGUGGAGACUCUUGUUCGGUUUUUCAACAAGUAUGCCUAUGUCCAGAUUGCAGUGUAUGGAAAAGGCUUUAAUCACUCGGCAAGAGAUGCCUGGGAGUUGUUCCAAUCAACUGGCGUUGAAGCACUCAUUGCCUAUGAUUGUUCGGGUGCGGUUCUACUGAUGACCACUCUUUUGGGUGGGCUUAUUACAGGAACUUGUGCAGGUGUUUGGGCAAGGAUUAGAUCUCCUGACAGAGUGAUUAUGGUGGGGUCCACUUGCAUGUUGAUGGGGAUGAUCUUGGUGGGACUGGCGAUGGUUGUGGUGGAAAGUGCUGUUACAUCCAUUUACAUCUGUUAUGCAGAAGACCCUUUGUUGAUACAUAGAUGGGAUGCUGAAUUCUUCAACCAGAUGUCGGAGACACUACAUCAGCGCCUGCAACACCGGAGUGCACGAGCAAGGGAAGUAUUAACCCACAGUCGGUUUGAUGGCCAAGUAGAAGAAACACUCCGCGUUUGAAAAUUGUGUGUAUCUGGUUCCAUUCUGUUUUAUUCAUGGAAGUGUUGAAAGGGCUCCUUCUCUCUUCCUUUUUAUCUGUAAUUUUGCUGUCUUAAAUUAUGAUCUCUGAAUUGAUGAUAUAGGAUGGGAGUGUGUAGGGCAUUGUAAAGAGGGUUUGGGGUUGUGGAGUAGUCCAAUGUGUCCCUAACCCUAAGAAAGGGAAACUGUAACCAAUGUUGACUUUGUUUUGCAUCUUCAAAUCAUUGUAUUUUUGCUAAAGAA